AAAUGCGGUAGGCGGGGUGGGUUUUUUUCAAACUGAUGGCGGCCGAGCUCCUGCGGCUCUGACACGCUCAGUCACCUCGCUCUCUCGUCGGGCUUAGCGGAGGCGGCGGAGCUUGGACCCACUCGCGGCCAACCAUGGGCCCGCGCCGCAAGCCGAGGACCCCGAGAAGGCGCCCCUCCAGCCCGGUCCCCGGACCCUCGCGACGCAGCUCCCGUCCAGGUAAGAGGCGGAAAUUUCUGUGGCUUAAGGAGAUAAAGAAACUGCAGAGGAGCACCGACCUCCUGCUAAGGAAGCUUCCUUUCAGCCGAGUUGUAAGAGAAAUAUGUGGGAAAUUCACUCGAGGUGUGGACCUAUGUUGGCAAGCCCAAGCCUUGUUGGCCCUUCAAGAGGCAGCAGAAGCAUUUCUAGUUCACCUCUUUGAGGAUGCCUAUCUCCUCACCUUACAUGCCGGCAGAGUCACUAUCUUCCCCAAGGACAUACAGCUCACCAGGAGGAUCCGAGGCAUUGAGGGAGGACUUGGCUGAGCUGGCAGUGUGCUGUGUGUCCGUAAGUCUUUCCUGCUCGAAAGCCUACACGUGGGACCUUCUGGAGCCACAGUGAGCCCAGUGGUGUCUGAGGAGCUGCCUGGACUCAGCUGGUUUUGAACAACAUGUACUUGUUGCCCUUUAAACUUUCUUUCUGAAGAAAAGACUGUAGCUUUUCUCUGUGACAGAGAGGAAAGAAAGGACCAUCUGCAUAUGCCCAUGGACAUGAGUGUUUGCAGACCACAGGUCAACUUUGGGGUGUGAACAGCUCAACCAUAUAACUGUUUAAGGGUUUUGGACACACGAGAUCUGCCGUGUUAGGAGGGGAUGUUGUUAUGUUAGUCUUUCUGGUCUAUGUACAUCUUUUACCAUAUGUUUAUUUGUACUUUCAUUUAAAAUAUAAGGGAGGAAAAUCUGGGUGAAAUGUUUGAAUCUGUUGUAUGGAGAGCCCUGGCAGUUCCUUGUUAGUGCCUGUCAACAAACAUGCAGCUUUUCAAAACCAAACUAGAAUUGAUUACAAAUCUUCCUUCCCUUCCAUGCUAGGGCUUGAAUCCAAAGCUUUGUACAGGCUAAGUGUGGACUAUACUGUUGAGCCAUAUCCAUAGCCUGAAAUGAACAGUCUUUCUAAUUCCUACCAGUAAAUGCCUAUCAAUAUCAUCCAGAAAGCCUGUCAUAGAACUGGACAUUUUAUUCUAAGCUGUAAAUCAUAUAAAAUGUAUCCUAUCAGUCUGGAGUGUUAAAAUGUGUUUUCAGUAUUUUUACAGGAGUUUCUUUUUAGCUUAUUUGGGGAGAUGUAAUAAAAAAUUUCUUAAUGAAAAAUUAAAGUUACUGUCCUAGGUGUUACAAGCCUUUUUAGUAAAUAUUGAGCUCGUUUUUUACACCAUUUGAAACAGCCAAAAUGUAAACAAGAGAUGUGAGUGGUUCGGAUUUGCCACCGAUGAGGUGAACACACACAAAAUUUGCUCUUUUGUUGGCAGUAAAAGAAAUGUAAGAGGUUUCCAGAAAAAUAGGCCACAAUGCUCUUGGACUUGAGGUGAAAACAGCUGUGAGCACUAAACAGUCUGUGCUAUUGAUGGAGACAUGUCAGCUGAUUGAACUGGAGUUCCAGGUUUUGCUAUUUAAUAAACUUUACCCUUUGCAAGCA